ACAGAAACUGAACAUUUCAACGGAGGAAAGAUCGAGCCUGAUUCAUUUGUACUUUAUAAGCGAAACGCGUUGAAACUAUCGUUCAAACUGCAAAUAAAUUACUAAUUUCAACAUUUUGUAGUUAAAGUGUUAUAAAUUAAGUGAUAAACUCUUAAGAUUCAAAGUAUUUAAUCAGAAAUAAGUUUCACAUUUUUCGGCUUCUUCUUUCACAAACACAAAGAAAGAAAAAAGACGAGAACAAUUCAUUUUUUUUUUCAUCCAGAAUCGCUCCGUGAAGUGGAUUUCUUUUUAUACAAAGUUUUUAUACAUUACUUAAAACAAAAAAUUUACAAGCUGUUGUGAAAAAGAAAAUAAGAAAUAAUUGAAAAUGACGGAGGAUUUAAGAGAUCGGAAUGAUCCCGAACUGAAAUAUUUAAGUGUUGAAAGGAGUAAUUUCAAUGAUCCAGCAACACAAGCUGAAUGGACGCAGAAACGAUUGGUGUGGGUUCCAUCUGAAACUCAGGGAUUCGUCGCUGCAAGCAUCAAAGGUGAACGUGGCGAUGAAGUGGAAGUUGAACUGGCCGAAACCGGCAAACGAGUGAUGGUACUUAAAGAUGAUAUACAGAAGAUGAAUCCACCGAAGUUCGACAAAGUUGAGGAUAUGGCUGAGUUGACAUGCCUCAAUGAAGCUUCUGUCUUGCACAAUAUCAAAGAUCGAUACUAUUCAGGAUUGAUUUAUACAUAUUCAGGACUUUUCUGUGUCGUCGUCAAUCCUUAUAAGAAACUUCCAAUCUACACUGAGAAGAUUAUGGAACGAUACAAGGGCAUUAAACGACACGAAGUUCCGCCACAUGUUUUUGCCAUCACUGAUACUGCUUAUCGAUCCAUGCUCCAAGAUCGCGAAGAUCAAUCAAUUUUGUGUACGGGUGAGUCUGGUGCUGGCAAAACGGAGAAUACUAAGAAGGUGAUUCAGUAUUUGGCUUAUGUAGCUGCAUCAAAGCCAAAAGGUUCAAUCUCGGGUCCAAGUCCGGCAUUAAUCAUCGGCAAAUUCAUUCGAAUCAACUUCGACACUUCCGGUUACAUUUCUGGUGCUAACAUCGAAACAUAUUUGCUUGAAAAAUCGCGAGCCAUUCGUCAAGCAACUGACGAACGAACAUUCCAUAUAUUCUAUCAGUUGCUUGCUGGUGCAACGCCUGAACAGCGAGAACGUUUUAUCUUGGAUGACAUCCGAAGUUAUCCUUUCUUGUCGAAUGGAAGUCUUCCAGUUCCAGGUGUCGAUGAUGCUGCCGAUUAUCAAGCAACUGUCAAAGCAAUGAACAUCAUGGGAAUGACGCAAGAUGAUUUCAAUUCAAUCUUUCGCAUUGUCAGUGCUGUUCUUCUUUUUGGUUCGAUGACAUUCAAACAGGAGAGAAGUUCAGAUCAAGCAACAUUACCAGACAAUACUGUCGCUCAGAAGAUCGCUCAUUUGUUGGGCUUAAGUGUCACUGACAUGACAAAAGCAUUCCUAACACCACGUAUAAAAGUUGGUCGAGACUUCGUGACGAAAGCUCAAACAAAGGAACAAGUUGAGUUUGCUGUUGAAGCAAUUGCAAAAGCAUGUUAUGAACGAAUGUUCAAGUGGCUUGUUAAUCGAAUUAACCGAUCAUUGGACCGUACAAAACGUCAAGGUGCAUCUUUCAUUGGAAUUCUCGAUAUGGCUGGCUUUGAAAUCUUCCAACUCAACUCGUUUGAACAACUUUGCAUUAACUACACAAAUGAAAAACUUCAACAACUCUUCAAUCAUACGAUGUUCAUUUUGGAACAAGAAGAAUAUCAGCGUGAAGGUAUUGAAUGGAAGUUUAUCGAUUUCGGGUUGGACUUACAGCCAACGAUCGAUUUGAUUGAUAAGCCAGGCGGUAUUAUGGCACUUUUAGAUGAAGAAUGUUGGUUCCCGAAAGCAACUGAUAAGACAUUUGUUGAUAAAUUAUCUUCUGCCCAUAACGUUCACCCGAAAUACAUGAAAACAAAUUUCCGUGGUGUUUCUGACUUUGCCAUCGUUCAUUAUGCUGGAAAAGUUGAUUAUUCAGCUGCUAAAUGGUUGAUGAAGAACAUGGAUCCAUUAAAUGAAAACAUCGUUUCAUUGCUGCAAAGCUCACAAGAUCCAUUCGUUGUUCAAAUCUGGAAAGAUGCAGAAAUCGUUGGGAUGGCACAACAAGCAUUAACCGACACUCAAUUUGGUGCUAGAACAAGAAAGGGAAUGUUCCGAACUGUAUCGCAUUUGUACAAGGAACAACUUGCUAAACUUAUGGACACUUUACGUAACACAAAUCCAAACUUUGUUCGUUGCAUUAUUCCAAAUCAUGAGAAACGUGCUGGAAAGAUUGAAGCACAUUUGGUGUUGGAUCAAUUACGAUGCAAUGGUGUUCUGGAAGGUAUUCGAAUCUGUCGACAAGGUUUUCCGAAUCGUAUUCCAUUCCAAGAGUUCCGUCAACGUUACGAAUUGUUGACACCAAAUGUUAUUCCAAAAGGGUUCAUGGAUGGAAAGAAAGCAUGCGAGAAGAUGAUUCAAGCUUUGGAAUUGGACAGCAAUUUGUUCCGUGUCGGUCAGUCAAAGAUUUUCUUCCGUGCUGGUGUUUUGGCACAUCUUGAAGAAGAACGAGAUUACAAGAUAACUGACUUGAUUGUCAACUUCCAAGCAUUCUGUCGUGGCUUUUUAGCUCGUCGCAAUUAUCAAAAACGACUUCAACAAUUGAACGCCAUUCGAAUUAUUCAACGAAAUUGUGCUGCUUAUUUGAAGCUCCGCAAUUGGCAAUGGUGGCGUUUAUAUACGAAAGUGAAGCCUCUUUUGGAAGUGACGAAACAAGAAGAAAAGCUCGUACAAAAAGAAGAUGAAUUGCGUCAGAUUCGCGAUAAAUUGGAUAAUUUAUCGAAGACAACACAGGAGUAUGAGAAGAAAUAUCAAACAGCAAUUGAAGAGAAGACUCAUCUUGCUGAACAGCUUCAAGCUGAGAUUGAACUUUGUGCUGAAGCUGAAGAAAGUCGCAUGCGUUUAGCUGGACGAAAGCAGGAACUUGAAGAGAUGAUGCAAGAUUUGGAAGCUCGUGUGGAAGAGGAAGAAGAACGUGUUAAUGCUUUGAAUAAUGAGAAGAAGAAACUUGCAGUAAACAUUCAAGAUUUAGAAGAGCAAUUGGAAGAGGAAGAAACAGCUCGUCAAAAGUUGCAAUUGGAAAAAGUUCAGUUGGAUGCAAAGAUUAAAAAGUAUGAAGAAGAUCUUGCAGCUACUGAUGAUCAGAAUCAAAAGCUUCUGAAGGAGAAAAAAGUUCUGGAAGAACGUGCCAACGAUUUGUCGCAAACACUCGCUGAAGAAGAAGAGAAAGCAAAACAUUUGGCGAAAUUAAAAGUGAAGCAUGAAGCGUCGAUUGCUGAAUUGGAAGAGAAACUUCGCAAAGAUCACCAACAACGUCAAGAAAGCGACCGAACCAAGCGAAAGGUUGAAUCAGAAGUUGCUGAUCUUAAAGAACAAUUGAAUGAAAAGAAGACUCAAAUCGAAGAGAUUCAAACUCAAUUGGUGAAACGCGAAGAAGAAUUGACAAACACAUUGCUGCGUAUUGAUGAAGAAUCAGCUGCCAAGGCAAAUGCUCAGAAGCUUCAACGCGAAUUGGAGUCACAAUUAGCUGAGAUUCAAGAAGAUUUAGAUGCCGAGAAAGGUGCACGUGCAAAGGCUGAAAAACAAAAACGUGACUUAAAUGAAGAGCUUGAAGCUCUGAAGAAUGAAUUGUUGGAUUCAUUGGAUACAACAGCUGCUCAACAAGAACUUCGUUCGAAACGUGAACAAGAAGUUGCUUCACUGAAGAAAGCAUUCGAAGAUGAAACUGUCAACCAUGAAAGUCAGUUGCAAGACAUGCGCCAUAAGCAUGGACAAGAAUUGUCAUUGAUCAACGAGCAAUUGGAGAAUAUCAAAAAGAAUAAAACUGGUCUUGAGAAACAAAAGCAAACUCUCGAAGCUGAAAAUGCUGAUUUAGCUACUGAAUUGCGAAAUGUUAAUCAAUCACGUCAGGAGAAUGAUCGACGUCGUAAACAAGCUGAACAGCAAUUUGCAGAAGUUCAGAUGAAAUUCGUUGAACUUGAACGUGUUCGAUCGGAAAUGCAAGAAAAAAUGAUGAAACUUCAACAAGAGUCUGACACUUUAACACAGCAACUUGAAGAAGCUGAGACAAAAGCUUCAGCUGCAGUUAAGUCUGCGAGUACCAUUGAAAGUCAACUUUCAGAAUCACAACAACUUCUCGAAGAAGAAACUCGUCAAAAGUUAGCUUUAAGCUCGAAAUUACGUCAACUGGAAUCGGAGAAAGAAGCACUUCAAGAACAACUGGAAGAUGAUGAAGAAAUGAAACGAAAUUACGAGAAGAAAAUGUCUGAAUUGACAAUUCAGAUGCAAGAAAUGAAGAAGAAAGCUGAUGAAGAAGAAGCUCAACGUACUAAAGUUCUUGAUCUUGAGAAGAAACAAAAGAAUUUCGAUAAAGUUCUUGCUGAAGAGAAAGCUGUAAGUGAACAAUUUGCACAAGAACGUGACGGUGCUGAACGUGAUGCUCGUGAGAAGGAAACGAAGGUGCUGUCAUUAACUCGUGAAUUGGACGAAGCUUACGAGAAGAUUGAAGAUUUGGACACCAAACGUAAAACUCUCCAGAAUGAGUUGGAUGAAUUGGCAAACACUCAGGGAACUGCUGAUAAGAAUGUGCAUGAAUUGGAGAAAGCAAAACGCGCCCUUGAGAGUCAAUUAGCAGAGCUGAAAGCACAAAAUGAAGAGCUUGAAGAUGAUUUGCAACUGACUGAAGAUGCAAAACUUCGAUUGGAAGUCAACAUGCAAGCACUUCGAACACAAUUUGAACGUGACAUUCAAUCGAAGGAAGAGCAAGCCGAAGAGAAACGUCGUGGGCUUGUUAAGAAUCUUCGUGAUUUAGAAACGGAAUUGGAAGAAGAACGCAAGCAAAGAUCAGCUGCUGUUGCUGCAAAGAAGAAGCUUGAAAGUGACCUGAAAGACAUUGAAGCCACUUUGGAGAUGAACAAUAAAGUGAAGGAAGAUGCAGUGAAACAAGCAAAGAAACUUCAAGCUCAGAUGAAAGACAUCAUAAGAGAUGCUGAAGAUGCAAGAGCAGCUAAGGAAGAACUUGCUGCACUUAGCAAAGAAACUGAAAAGAAGUUCAAAGCUCUCCAAGCCGAAAACACUCAACUGACAGAAGAUUUAGCAAGUUCAGAACGUGCUCGACGAGCUGCUGAAACUGAACGUGACGAGUUGCAAGAUGAGAUCAAUUCAAAUUCAAGCAAAGGAUCGUUGAUAAUUGAUGAGAAGCGUCGUUUGGAAGCUCGAAUUUCGGCACUUGAAGAAGAGUUGGAAGAAGAACAAUCGAACGCUGAAUUGCUGGUCGAUCGCAAUCGAAAGGCACAAUUGAACAUUGAACAGUUGACAACGGAAUUGGCAACUGAAAAAUCAAAUGCACAAAAACAUGAGAAUGCAAGAACUUUAUUGGAGCGUCAAAACAAAGAUUUGAAAGCAAAAUUGGCCGAAUUUGAGACAACACAACGCACGAAACUCAAAGCACAAGUUUCGGCUUUAGAGGCGAAGAUUAACAACUUGAAUGAGCAAAUCGAGAAUGAAGCUAAGGAACGUUUACUUCAGCAGAAGAAUAAUCGCAGAUUGGAAAAGAAGAUUAAAGAGUUGACGAUGAACGUUGAAGAUGAACGUCGUCAUGCUGAUCAAUACAAGGAGCAAAUUGAAAAUUUGAAUAGUCGCCACAAAAUACUUAAACGAAACAUCGAUGAAGCUGAAGAAGAGAUUCAAAAGGAGAAAACUCUGAAGCGAAAAGCUCAACGUGACAUGGAAGACAUGUUGGAGACUCAAGAGGCGCUUAAUCGCGAAUUAAAUUCAGUGAGAUCAAAAUUGAGACGAGGUGGAAGCUCAAUGAACUACAGCACACCUGGACGUUUGUCAACCCCCAAGCGUGGUGAUGAAAGUGCUAUUCAAGAUGAGUCAAUCGAUGGCGAAGAAACGAAGUUAGAAUAGAAUCGCUAAUUGAAUCAUUUUUCGCCCAUUUUUUUCAUUAUAAAACAUUUUAUUUUAUUAUUUCAUCAAUUUUCUCCGUUAACUUUUACGCAUUUAGAUUUUUGUAGUAAGGAUGUGGAAAAAUCUUUCACUACGUUUUAUGUUAAACUUUCACUGGUUUCCAUUAAUUAUAUAUUUUGUUUUUGUUCAUUUGCCGUGAAAUUAUUUGAAUCUAUAAGUUAAAAUCAAAAAGAAAAAUGCAAGGAACAUUCAUCGAAACAGCAUCAAAUGAAAUUAAACCAUGUAAUGGACAUAAAACAAUAAUAAAAUUGAAAAUUAUCUCUUAAGCAAUGAGUUAAAAUAAAAGGAAAUGAAUUACAUCAGUAUCAUAGAAACUAUAGAAAGUGCCAUUUUCUAAAUUCCAUUUUCUGAAAAUGAAUUUAUAAACUGAAAACAAACAAAAAAAAAGAUUCACGAAAACAAUUUGUGUAACGAGAAAGAUUGAUCGAGCAACGUUGAUGGAAAUUCAUUUAGACUUAAAAAAUUGAUCAAUAACAAUUUUUAAUUAAAGCGAUAGUUGACUAACUUGAGGGUAAAGAUGCGUACAUUUUAUAUACACAAGAAUGAAAAGAAGUAACUAAAUUAUCUAAAAUGAAAAGUUCUUUUUAUGUUUAAAUAAUUGAGCAUUUUGUCGAGAUGCUGUCGGGGUAGAUGAGGAAAUAAAGGUGGCAAUUAAUGAAAAGAAAUUUCAUCUCGACAUCAAAUGACAAUCGCUGCGCAUUACUUUUUCUAUUGAAACGGUAUUCUAACUAACUUGUUAAGUAUAAGAAUUUAUUAAAUCUUCCUUUUUUGUAAUUUGUUAAAAUGAAGGCUUAUUACAGGCAUCAAAUAAAAAUAUCAGCCACAAACUUUUUACGAAAUAUUAAAAGAUA